CAGCCUGGGUUAAGAACUGUUGGGAGUAGACAUCCAUUUAAGGAAUAAAUGAAGAAGUGUCAAUAAAGAAAUUUUAAUCUCUGCCUUACACAAAAAAAGAACAGUGCUUUGAAAGUGCUUCCAGAGUACUUUUUCUGAUUUUUCUGACAUUUGCCUCCUCAGUUAUUAAGGGACUUCUGAAUUCAGAAAAUUAAGGCAAAUUAUUUUAUUCCUCCUGUGUGAUAAAAUCAAGUGUCAAGUAGUUUGACUCUGGACUAUUAUCCCAUGGCCCAACUCUUUUCAUAGAAGUACGUCGAGUCAAUCUGGAAGGCUAAAUGCAUAGGAAACAGAAAAGUGUGUAUCAACAAACUCAAGCCCUUCUGUGGAAAAAUCUUCUUAAGAAAUGGAGAAUGAAAAGAGAGAGCUUAUUGGAAUGGGGGUUCCCAAUACUUCUAGGACUAUAUAUGGGCUUAUUUUCAUAUUUAAAAGAAAAUAGCCAAUUUCCUGAAAAGCCUCCUGAGGACCUGGGAAGGGUAGAUAAAUUUAAUGACACUCAUAUAAUUGUGUAUACACCGAUCUCUAAUAUAACCAAGCAGAUAAUGAAUAAAACGGCCCCCUUAUUUGAAGGAUCAAGAAUCAUUGGAGUACCAAAUCAAAAAUCUAUGGAUAAAAUUCUUGUAGACAAUUUCCUAGACUCAGCAGGAAUCAUCUUUAGUGACACUUUAUUUUAUAAGUUAAAAUUUUUUCAGGGCCAUGGCAUUCCAUUUUUGAAGGAAGAACAUUUCUCAGCUCAUUGCUGGGAGAUAGAAUAUGAGUCAGCAUGUUCAUUGGCCAGAUACUGGUAUACAGGAUUUGUGACUUUACAAACUGCAAUUAAUGCUGCUAUUAUAGAAAUCAUGACAAAUCACUCUGUGAUGGAAGAGUUGAUGUCAGUUACUGCUAGAAAUAUGAAGACAUUACCUUUUAUUGCCAAAGACAUCCUUCAGAAUGAGAUGUUUAUUUUCUACUGCUUGGUUUACUUCUCCUCGUUUAUAUAUUUUGCAUCACUCAAUGUUACAAAAGAGAGAAAAAAGAGUAAGGAUUUGAUGACAACGAUGGGUCUACAAGAUUCAGCAUUCUGGUUCUCCUGGGGUUUAAUCUAUGCUGGCUCCAUCUUCAUUAUUUCCGUAAUCAUUGCAAUUAUCAUAACAUCUACCAAAAUUAUAGUCAUGACAGGCUUCAUGGUCAUAUUUACACUCUUUUUCUUAUAUGGCUUAUCCUUGAUAGCUUUAGCAUUCCUGAUGAGCGUGCUACUCAACAAAACUGUCCUCACGAAUUUGGUUGUGUUUCUCUUCACUGUCUUUUGGGGGGGUGUGGGACUCUCUGCACUUUAUAGACAGCUUCCUUCAUCUUUGGAGUGGAUUUUGAGUAUUUUUAGCCCGUUUGCCUUCACUGCUGGAAUGGCCCAGAUUAUUCACCUGGAUUACAAUAUGCAUGGUGUAACUUUUCCUGACCCAUCAGGAGACUCAUACAUAAUGAUAGCAACUUUUUUCAUAUUGGCUUUUGAUGCUUUUUUGUACUUUGUAUUGACAUUAUACUUUGACAAAAUCUUACCAUAUGGAAAUGACCGCCGUUAUUCUCCAUUAUUUUUCCUGAGCUCAUCAUCUUGCUUCCAACACCGAAGGAUUGAUAAGACCAUUGAGAAAGAAAUUGAUCCCGAGCAUCCCUCUGAUGAUUAUGUUGAACCAAUAGCUCCAGAAUUCCAUGGAAAGGAAGCCAUCAGAAUCAUAAAUGUUAAAAAAGAAUAUAAAGAAAAGUCUGGAAAAGUGGAAGCAUUGAAAGGCUUGGUUUUUGACAUAUAUGAAGGUCAAAUCACAGCAAUUGUGGGUCAUAGUGGAGCUGGCAAGUCUUCAUUGCUAAACAUCCUUAAUGGGUUGUCCGUUCCAACAGAAGGAUCAGUUACCAUCUACAACAAAAAUCUUUCUGAAAUGCAAGACUUGGAGGAAAUCAGAAAGAUAACUGGCGUUUGUCCUCAAUUCAAUAUUCACUUUGACAUACUUACUGUGAAGGAAAAUCUCAGGCUGUUUGCUAAGAUUAAAGGGAUUCAUCCACAGGAAGUGGAUCAAGAGGUGCAGAGAAUUUUAUUGGAGCUGGACAUACAAAACAUUCAGGAUCACCUUGCUAAACAUUUAAGUGAAGGACAGAAAAGAAAGCUGACCUUUGGAAUUGCCAUUUUAGGGGAUCCUCAAGUUUUGCUAUUAGAUGAACCAACGGCUGGAUUGGAUCCCUUUGCAAGGCAGCGAGUGUGGAGCUUCCUCAAGGAGCGCAGAGCAGGCCGCGUGAUCCUCUUGAGUACCAAUCUCAUGGAUGAGGCUGACAUCCUGGCUAAUAGAAAAGUGAUCAUGUCCAAUGGGAGACUGAAGUGUGCAGGCUCUUCUCUCUUUUUGAAGAAAAAAUGGGGUCUUGGAUAUCACUUAAGUUUGUACAGGAAUGAAAUAUGUGAUCCAGAAAAAAUAACAUCCUUCAUUCAUCAUCACAUCCCUGAUGCUAAAUUAAAAACAGAAAACAAAGAAAAGCUUGUGUAUACUUUGCCAAUGGAGAGGACAAAUAAAUUUCCAGACCUUUUCAGUGAUCUUGAUAAUAAGGGUUCUGGCCAAGGUGUGAUGAGUUACGACAUUUCCGUGUCAACUCUGAAUGAAGUCUUCAUGGGAGUGGAAGCAAUGUCAACUGUUGAACAAGCAGAGGUGGGCAGGGACACAGACAGCCUCUGCGAAGUGGAGCCGGCUUGCUCGCCUCGCCCCGAAAUUCAGAAGACUGCGAGCGGCUUGCGGCUCUGGGGGAUGCAGGUCUGUGCCAUGGCGUGGCUCCGUUUCUUGAAGUUAAAACACGGAAAGAAUGAGCUUUUGAUUCUACUGUUGGUGCUUGGAAUUGCACUUUUCCCUGUGGUUGUGGAACUGAUUUUUAAUGCUGUAUUAACUCAAAGAAGUGAUUGGGAAUUUAGACCUGAAUUGUACUUCCUCUCUCCUGGACAACUUCCCCAAGAUCCUCUUACUAGCCUAUUGAUCAUCAAUAACACAGAAUCAAAUAUUGAAGAUUUUAUACAGUCACUGAAACAUCAGAAUAUACUUUUGGAAAUUGAUGACUUUAAAAACAGAAAUAGCCCUGAGGAUCUGUCAUACAAUGGAGCUAUCAUAGUUUCUGGUAAACAAAAGGAUUAUAGAUUUUCGGUUGUAUGCAAUACCAAAAGACUGCACUGUUUUCCUAUUCUUAUGAAUAUUAUCAGCAAUGGGCUACUUCAAAUGUUUAACCAUACGCUACAGAUUCGAAAUGCAAGAAGCUCAUUUCCUUUUGAUUAUGUAUUAACCUGGACUGGGCUGCCGGAAGCCUCCUUUUUCUUAUUCUCCAUUGUGUGCAGUAUUUCUCCUUACAUCGCCAUGGGCAGCGUCAGCGAUCACAACAAAAAAGUUAAGUCCCAGCUAUGGAUUUCAGGCCUCUACCCUUCUGCCUACUGGUGUGGGCAGGCCCUGGUGGACAUCAGCCUCUUCGCUUUUAUUCUUUUUAUAAUGUAUUUAGUUUUCUACGUAUCAUACAUCGCACCAAUUUUUAUCACAAGUCGAAUUGUGUUUGGUUUGGUUGUAAUUACGUUUGGUUAUGCAUCCUCUCUCAUCUUUUUGACAUAUGUUAUAUCAUUUAUUUUUCGCAAGAGGAGAAAAAAUAGUGGCCUUUGGUCAUUUUGCUUCUAUAUUAUCUCAGCCAACUUGUCAGAAAUCCUUAUGUUCAGAGAUGAAUCCUUAUCUUCUUCAGUCUUGGGUAUGAUAUUUAUUCCCUCAUUUGUCUUGGAUGGAUUUAUUGUUUUUGUAACAGAGAGAACCUUUGAUGAAAGAGAAAGUGGAAACUUACAUUAUGUUCUGAGUGGAGUUGAUCUUCUAGUAUGCCUAAUACCUUACUUUCAGGCUUUGAUAUUCAUUUUUGUUCUAAGAUGCCUGGAAAUAAAGUGUGGGCAGAAAAUAAUGCAAAAGGAUCCUGUUUUCAGAAUUUACCCCAAGCGAAGAGAGGCGCAACCAAAUCCAGAGGAACCUGUCGAUGAAGAUGAAGACGUUCAAGCAGAAAGAAGAAGAACAGCAACCGCCCUGACCACUUCAGACUCAGAGGAGAAACCUGUCAUAAUCGCAAGCUGUCUACACAAAAAAUAUGCAGGCCCGAAGAAAAAUUGCUUUUCUAAAAGGAAGAAGAAAGUAGCAGCAAGAAAUAUCUCCUUCUGUGUUAGAAAAGGUGAAAUAUUGGGACUGCUAGGACCCAAUGGCGCUGGUAAAAGUUCGUCUAUUAGAAUGAUAUCUGGGGUCACGGAGCCAACGGCAGGAAAGGUGGAACUGAGAGCGUGUAGUUCAGCUUUGGGCCAUCGGGGAGAUGGCACGGUCAAGUUCUUGGGGUACUGCCCUCAGGAGAACGCGCUGUGGCCCAACCUGACCGUGAGGGAACACCUGGACGUGUUUGCGGCGGUGAAAGGGCUCAGGAAAGCGGACGCCACCGUCGCCAUCACACGAUUGGUGGAUACUUUCAAACUGCAGAAACUGCUGAAUGUCCCAGUGCAGAAAUUAACGGCAGGAGCCACUAGAAAGUUGGGUUUUGUGCUGAGCAUCCUGGGAAAUUCACCUAUCCUGCUUCUGGAUGAACCAUCUACAGGCAUGGAUCCUAUAGAACAGCAGGAAAUGUGGCAGAUGAUCCAGACAGCCAUUAAAAACACACAGAAGGGGGCCCUCCUGGCCACUCAUUACCUGGCCGAGGCCCAGGCCAUUUGUGACCGCAUCGCCAUCAUGAUGUCCGGAAGGUUGAGAUGCAUUGGCUCCAUCCAACACCUGAAAAGCAAACUUUGCAAGGAUUACAUUCUAGAACUAAAAGUGAAGGAAACUUCUCAAGAGACUUUGGUCCACACUGAGAUUCUGAAGCUUUUCCCACAGGCUUCACGGCAGGAAAGGUAUUCCUCCUUCUUGGCCUAUAAACUGCCCGUGGCGGAUGUUUACCCUCUAUCUCAGGCCUUUUGCAAAUUAGAAGCAGUGAAACACAAUUUUAGCCUGGAAGAAUACAGCCUCUCUCAGUGCACACUGGAAAGGGGAAUAUUAGAGCUUUCUAAGGAGAAGGACGUGGGAAAUUUUGACGAAGAGGUUGAUACAACCAUGCGAUGGAAACUCCUUUCUCACUCAGACGACCCGUGAAAUUUGAAGCCUAAUCAGUCCUUGUUAAUGUCAUAUAAGCUUACGUUAUAUGUAAUAAUUUGCGAUUUGUAUAAUUUAAAAAAUUGUUAACAUCAACAUUAGGUGUCUUUUGUAUAUUUAGUUAACAAAUGAAUACAUUUUAAAAUUAUUCUUGCCCUCAAAUUUAGGGAUGGUAGAAAAUCUGUGAUAAAAGCAAUACAAAGUAUUAAAGAGGUUAUAGGAAGAGCCAGGCACUGGGUGUUGAGAAAAUAAAACCACCAACUUAGAAUCUUUUGAAGCAUGACUUUUCUGAAAUAAUGACAUUUACUAAAAAUUCUCUUGCUGAAAUAUGUGAGGGAUAUAGUCAAUAGCCAGAGGUGCUGUGAUUGCUACAGGCCAGGUUGUGAUAAUAUCAAGUUUCCGAGUUUGUUUUAAUAUCCAAGUAGGACCUAAGAGCCUUCCUCUAAAAAAUUUCGAGAAAUCGUUUUAAAAUUAGCAGGGCCAGGAGACCCUUAGCUCACAAAUGAACAAGCCCCUGAAUUAGAAAAGCAGUUCAACUACACUCUUUGAAAAUAAUGGGAAUCACAGCAGCAUUUGUUCAGAUUUUUAAAAUUUUUGAAUAACAUAGAUUCUUAUGAUUCUGGGGAGUGCUGAUUUCCCUCUUCACCUUAUCAGUAGUUUUCUGUGUAUUUUCUGCUAUUUUAAAAUAAUUUUUAACCUAUAUAAGUGUAUACUCAUGUGUGUAUAUCUACACACAGUCACAAACAUGCCUGUCUUUAGUAUUACUCAACUUAAAAAAAAAUUUGGGUCAGCUUUACAUAUUUCUUCCUUAAACAACAGCACAUUCAUUUUGAAUAUUGCCAGAAAAAUUUUUGAAAACCAAGCAGUAUUCCUGCUGCUUUUUUUUUUUUGGCGAUAUGUUAUGUAACUUUAAGAAAAUUGUUAUGCCCACUGAAGAAAAUUUGUAUAAUGGGGAAAAACAUAGAAAGUUGGAUAAGAGAAUCACUACAAUAUCUCCAUACAAAAAAAAAACAACGAUGAUUUUCUUCUUUCUUUA